UGUUUGCAGUUCCUUCCUUGGCCGCGGUGACAAAUGGCGUGGCGUGAAAUGAUCGUCAAAGAUGUCUUCAGUGUAAAAUGGCCAAUUAUAGUUUAGUAUCGUAAGACGCUUGAACAAGAAGACAUCCAGUCCUAUACCAGCCAGCAUUUCGUCGAAGUAACAGGUCCCCAUCAAUGAUCGUUUCACCUCUGCAGAACUGUACCAGACUUUGGAUGGAGUCAGCAUCCCGUUGUUUUUAUGGUGUCGUCACAACAAGUGACUGCACUUUGACACGUCAGUCGGACCACCAUCAGCAGAACAAUGGUCAAGUACUUUACUAGCAAAAGUCACAUCGGCGACACGUGGGACCAUGUCGUGUCUGCGUUCUGGCAGCGCUAUCCCAACCCCUUCAGCACGCACGUUCUCACGGAGGAUGUCGUGCACCGCGAGGUGACCACGGACCACCGGCUCCUUUCCAGACGUCUGCUCACCAAGACCAACCGGCUGCCGCGCUGGGCCGAGAGCUUCUUCCCCACUGGCAUGUCGCGCUCCGUGUACAUUGUGGAGGACUCCAUCGUGGACCCGGUCAGCCGGAGUCUGACAACGUACACCUGGAACCUCAACCACACCACUCUCAUGUCGGUGGAGGAGCGUUGUGUUUUCCGAGACUCGGAAGAGCUGCCGGGAGUCACCCAACUGAAACGAGAGGCAUGGAUCUCCUCCAGCAUUUACGGCUUCUCUCGACCCAUCCAGGAGUUUGGAUUGGCCCGCUUCAAAAGCAACCAAACGAAAGCUAUGAAAGGGCUGGAAUACGCGCUGUCAAAUCUGCAAGGAGAGACGCCCCAGCGGCUGCUCAGGGGUCCAGUGAAGGAAGCCUCCGACAAGGCUAAAGGAGCCACCAAGAGCCUGGCCUCUUCCACCACGCAGAACCCUCGGCAGUACGUCUGACGGAGGAGACAGCCAUCCUCCCACUUUGGAAGGUCUCAGGGUCUUAGCCCGGAAGCACAUUUCACAGCUGCAGUCAUCAUUUCAAUCCAUAUCAUAAGCUAGUACUUUUUAUCAAGAUUGCUCGUCAUUCCCAUUUUGUGAUCUUUAAAAACAUAUCUGACUUUUUUUGGGCAUGACGACACAGACAAAAGCUUGCAACGACAACAAUAGACCUGCACGCAACGUUGUUUACUUACGCCUGAAUAGUCACUCGUUCAAAGACACACCUUGAUGCGUCAUGUGUGUGCAUGUAAAGGCAAAAACACGGAGCGGGUGUGCAAGGCUACAAUCUUGUUUGUAUAGGAAAAGGAAAUGUUAAAAAUGACUCACACUGCAUGCAAUUGAUGCCUGCGAAUGUGAAACAUAUCAAUUCAUAUAAAUUUUUGUCUUUCCUUUGACAUCAAGCUCGUAAAAGUGGGAUAUUUAUUUUCCUCUGCUUCUCAUAGGGGCUGAAAUAGUUUUAAAAUGAUUCCAAUGUUUAAAAAUGUGUUCUAAAAAGUAUUUUAAUUUACUGUGAUGUACUGUAAAACUCUGUGAAUAAGCUUUUUUUUUUUGACAAAAAUUGAGGGGAGGUAUUAUAAAUUGUUGUGUAAAUAAAUAAAUAAAUAAAUAAAUUACC